AGCAUCAAAUGCAAGAUAAACGUUCGUCAAAAGAAAAAAUUGCUUCUUUAACAAAAACUGUAAGUGAUGUAUUAUAAUAAAUAUUUAUGAUGUAAUGAAAUAAUGUUCUACCACCUAGUUUAAUAAUUGGAAAAAAGGUAAUCUAUUUGAAUAAUAACAGUCUCUUAGCUCACUGUAAUCCUUCCUGAAAGAAAUGCAAAUUAUUCAUAAAUAGCUCAUUUGUAUAAUAUAGUAUAUAUACUGUAAUAUAUAUAUAUAUUACAUAUAUUCUUUAUAUACUUACUAUUUAGGAAGAAAUGCGUUAUGUACGACACAAAUUAUUGCGAAAAGAAUCAAGAAAAUUUUCCAAUGGGCUCCUUUGAUAGAAGAAAAUUCACUCAAAACAAAUUAGAAGAAGGCCUAAAUUAUGAAAUUGAUGAUUCUGCCAAAAACGACAAGAAGAAAGUACAGCAUGGUGCUGGUGGUAGAGUUUAUAAUUUUUUAAGAUCAAUUAAGGGAAAGAUAUUCCUAAAUGAAUUAAUGAAUGAAUAUGAUUGUCAAAUUAAGGAGAAAACCAUUAAUUUUAAAAAAACUAUUAAUAUAAAUGUAGUAAUGGAAAGUAUGAGUAAAAUGAAAGAAAAGUGCGAAGCUUUAAUAUACUACGAGAAAAUGAGUGAAUCAUUAUGUAUUCGUUAUGAAAAUUUUGAUAAAUUUAAGAAUGUUAAAAAUCCCCAAAUACUUCGAUUCAAUAUAUCGAAACGACAGAAUAAACAGUGUUUAAAUGAAGUUUUAAAAAAGAUUUUAAAAUGGUGCCAUAGUAACAGUAUAGAAAGUAUUGGAAUAUCUCAAAUGGGCUGUGAACAAUGUUUUGGCCUUAGAUCUGAUCGACUUGCUCAUAUAUUUUAUCAGGAAAUCACCAACUUUAAUUUCUACCCUAUUCCGUUCAUUCAGGAAAUUUUUAUCGUCUGCAAUACUGGAGAUUAUGCGAAAUACAAUAAACUUAGAGAAAUUGACAGGAGAUGUACAAUUUUUACUAUUACGGCUAAAAGUCAAGAAAGAGUUGAUAAUGUAGUAAACGAAUUAAAGCAAUUGAGAGAGUCAACUAUCAUAGAAGAAAUGAUUAUUCCUGAAUAUUGUGAAUUAGAUUCACUUGAAGAAUUUGAAAAUGAGAAUACGAGAGUUAAGAUUAUGGGAUUUAAAUCGAAAAGGAAGAUCGUUUUGGUAGGAAUGGGAGAUGAGGCUAAAAAAACUUGGCAGUUAUUGACUCUAUUCAUUCAAAAUACUCUAAAGGAUUUAAGAUCAAGUUUUACUCAUAAAAGCCUAACUUCCGUUUCUAAUCUUCAAGAUAGAUUGAGCAUCAGACUGGAAUUAAACGAAAGGGUACCGCAUAAUUGGACAAAGUUUAAAGGAAAUCUUAAAGAUAUUUUCAGUAUAGAACCAUACAUCGUUGAUCUAUAUGAAAAAGAUAAGAGACAAUUCGACGAAAUAAAGAACUUUUUCUUAAAAGCAUGGAAAUAUAGCGAUGGAUUAAAUAGUAAAAUUCAUAUCUUAAGUAUUAAAAUGAAUGAAAAUCCCUGUUUAUUUGAAAGCCAUAGCACUGCACUUGAUGAAUACUUAACUAUUGAUAUGGAAUCGCAUUUAACUCAAGAAUUAAAUGAGCAUUAUCUCUUUCAUGGAACCUCCGAAAUUUCGGCUAAAUAUAUACUUCACCAGGGAUUUGAUUAUAGAUUAGCAAAUAGGGGAAAUUUUGGUAAAGGAAUUUAUUUUGCUGAAAAUCCAAAAAAAUCGCAUGCCUUUACUGAAUGUUCAGAAAAAAAAACUAUGUUAAUAUCAAGAGUAUUAUUAGGUAAUAGUAUAUAUUUGAAGACAAGUGAAAGAGAUUUAGAGAGACCUCCUUGUGCAGUGUGUAAAGCAAGCUUAUGCGAAUAUCAUAAUCAAAUUUAUGAUAGUGUCAUAGGAUUAUUUAAAGAUAAAGAGAUGGUAAUUUAUGACCCAUUUCAAUGUUAUCCAGAAUAUUUACUCACCUAUAAGAUAGUCUGGAUAUGA